GAGUUACAGAGAGAGGUAGAGGCGGAGAGAGAGGUCUUCCCAUCCCACUGGUUCACUCCUGAGAUGGCUACAAUGGCCGGAGCUGCACCGAUCCAAAGCCAGGAGCCAGGAGCUUCUUCGGGGUCUCCCACGUGGGUGCAAGGACCCAAGGACUUGGGCCAUCCUCUACUGCUUUCCCAGGCCAUGGCAGAGAGCUGGAUUGGAAGUAGAACAGCCAGGACUAAAACUCGCGCCCAUAUGGGAUGCCGGCACUUCAGGCCAGGGCAUUAACCCACUGCGCCACAGCACCAGCCCCUCAUUCUAUUCUAUGCUUCCAUUUAGUGUCUGCAAAAAUCAAAGGACAAAACCCAAAACACUCAGAUACAACACAACACACACACACACACACACACACACACACAGAAUAGCACAAUUCUGUGUUCAUGAACCAAUGGGUAGCAAUUUUUAAUAUUCUUAAUUUGCACUUACAUAAAAUUAGUUUACAGUUCUAGUUACAACAUACUGAAUGUUUAGAUCAAACCAGGAAGAAUACAGAUGUUAUUUUAACAAAUUUAUUUAAUUUUAUUUGAAAGGCUGAGUCACUAAGAGAAAAAGAGAGAGAGAGAGAAAGGGGGUGAGGGUCCAUCCACUGCUUCACUCCCCAGAGGCCACAAUAGCCCAGCCUGGGCUAGGCUGAAGCCAGGAGCCCGGAACUCCAUCUGAAUCUCCUACUAUGGUGGCAGGGGCCCAAGCACUCAGACCAUCUUCCACUGCUUUUCCAGUGCAUUAGCAGGGAGCUGGAUCAGAAGCAGAGCAGCUGGGACUCCAAGUGGCCCUCUGGUGGGGAAUGCAGGUGUUGCAGGCAGAGGCUAAAUCGGCUACACCACACUGAGCCCAGAUGUGGAUCUUGUAUUGGGAACAGAGCAUACAUUUGUUGUUUAUAGAGUGUAUGAGUUUCCUGUGGCUGGUGCAGCAAGUCACCACAACGGGUAUUUUCUCAGAAGUCCGAGUCGAAGGUGAGCCGCGAUGCCUCCAGAGGAUUGUUCUGUUCCUUGCCUUGCCCCAGCUUCUCAGACAUUGGCAUUCCUUGUGUCUACAUCACUCUACUCUCCGUGUGCACUACACACCGUCUUCCCCUCUAUCUGUGUCUCUCCCACGUGUGUCCUUUAUAAGAACACUUGUCACUGAUGUUGGGCCCCCAGAUAAUCUAGGAUGAUCUCCUUAGCUCGAGGUCCUUAACUUAAUUACAUCUGCAAAGACCCUGUUCUCAAAUAAGGUCAUGCUCUCAUAUUCUAGGGAUUUGACGGGAAGAUAGCUUUGGAAUGGGGGUGGAAAUCCAGUGAACCCACCUCAGAGAGGAUGGGAACAAGAAAGGAUACCCAGAGGCAAGCUGGAGUCUAAAUCAAAGACCAAAAACUCUGAGGAAGGAAAAUUGAUUUUUUAAAAAUCUGUUCUUAUGUCAAAUAUGUGUGGUGAUUUUUUUUUUAAACCCAAGCACAGUAUCUGUGUGUUCUGCAUCCCUGGAUUUAGCCGAUCACAGAUCUGAAUGUGUACAGACUUUUAUCAUUAUCCCCUGCAUACUGCAGAGUGAUGACUGUUCAUAUUGUAUUUACAUGAUCUGGGCUGUUAGAAGUCAUCUAGAGAGGAUUUGAAGUCCACGGGAGGAUUUCCGUAGGAAGGGUGCAAGUGCUGUGCCACGCUGUGUGAGGGACUUGAGCGUCAGGGGACUUUGGUAUCUGCGGGGGUUCAGGAGCCAAUCCUUUGCUAAUACUGAGAGGCGACUUCUAAAGAGGACUUCAAUACAUCCCUGGAACAGCGGGAUUAAAAGAAACUUGUAUUUUGGUGUCCCCAAGUUUGAAACCCAUGCAUAUGGAGAGACUGUCUUCAAAACAUUCAUGGAAAUGCAUAUCAUGAAAAAGCUCUGCGUGGAUUUCACUAAACUAAUUCUAUCUUUCCAUGAACUUUUUGAAGAACCCUCACCUGCAUUUUUGAAUGGUUCCACUACGUCUCCCUGAUGUCAUGUUUUGUCUUUCUACUCUGACCUUUUGUAAGAGUUAAAGCACUUUAUGAGACUUGCCAAAUUUCUAGCCUUGGGCGUUUCCUUUAUGCCUAGUACCUGUGGGACAUUAGAAACAGCAAGAAGCGUGGGCUUGGCUGAGAGCAGAACAAAACCUCAGUCUGCAGGUGAUCACACGCUGCUUCCUGCAUCCAGACUUGGGGGGUUUCAAGGCCUGGGGUUGCCUGCACAUCACCCUAAUUGAGGAGAGCUCUGGGGAAGCCCAGUUUUCAGUGUCCCACCAGGCUAACGGUUUCCCUAUCCUUGACCGUCUCCCACCUCUCCGUGAACACCCCUAGCCCAUGAGCUUGCACUCGCCCCAUGCUGCUGCUGCCGCCACCACCCUUUUGCCCUGGAGAACUCCCUCAUUAGCUCCAGCUCUUGCACAUCAAUUCCCCUUGAAUUUCCCUUGUACAGGGCUCUCUCUCAGAUACUAAGUGCCUCUUUUUCCAGGGCUAUUCCUUGUAACAAGCUUGCACACUUUCCAGCUCCCUGUGUCCUGUUAUUCUUGCAAGUCCUUUCAUUGAGUGCAUCUUCUUUCCCAGGACAUGGAAAGCUCCUCAAGAUCAGAAGUCCUAGUGAUUAUUUACAUUGGAGCCAACACACGUGUUCUUCUGCUAGACAGUGAUGACCUUAACGGGCUGCUUCCUGGGUGGUGCUUCUCACCCCCUCACAGAUCACCUGGAGCUCACAUUACAUUGCACUUUCUGGGGCACAGCUUGCAAUGUUGCAUUCUCACAAGCUCAGAGAGCCCAGCUCUUCCUCUUCCGGUCCAGCUUCCUGCUAACACACAUCCCGGGAGGUGGUCAUGACUGCUCACAUCCUGGAUUCCUGCCACCCAGGUGGGAGACCUGGAUGGAGUUUUAGGCUCCUGCUUUUGGCCUGGCCCAGUCCCCAGCUGUUGUGGGCAUUUAGGGAGUAGACCAGGAGAGGGAAGAUAUCUUGUAUCUCUCUCUCUGCCUUUCAAAUAAAAAUAAAACUAAAUUAAAAAUUUUUAAAAACCAGCUCAUGGCAUUGAGAGUAUAAGGACAUUAGAACAAUGGGUAUCAGAAGACUUCCCCGAGGUGGUGUUCAGUGUCACUCAGAGUGCAGAGCAGGGUCAGGAGGCCCUGCUGUGUCCUUGGACAGGUGGUAUAGGAAGCCGCCAGAUGUGGCCAGGACUAGGAGGAACUGCCCCAAGCAUCCCUCUUCUCUCCUUUUGUUGUUACAAUAAGCGAUAGUCCUUUGCAGCUUCUGGAACCUCAGCUACUCCAUCCGGGCAUUCAGCCUGAGACACUAAAAUGCACACGUCCUCUAUGAGCAGCAUGGUUUGCCAGAUCUUUGCACGAUAGUGGCAAUGUCCUAUUAUCUGCCCUAUCCUCUAUCAGGGGGCCUCUAUCAGUUGAGCCCCUGAGCUGUGGUUAGGCAACUGAAGCAUUGAACUUGAAUCUGAAUUCACAUUGUCACAUGUGGCAAGUGGACGGCACGUGGGAAGGGCCAUCAGAGGCUGCAAACUCAGGGAGGACAAGUGAGGAAGCUGGCUCACCAGUCAAGGGAACUAGUGCUCCGUGGUAAGGUGGAGGCCUUUUAGACACUUCACUUGAAUAGAGUUCCCCCUCUUCCCUGUCACAGCCUUUGAUAUUUGAGCCUACAGUCGCUGCUGUGUCAGGGUUCGCUAUGCUACCAUCACCAAGCCACUUGGCCAAUUAACACAGAGACACGGAAAGCCCUUUGGUCUGGUUUAGUAGUCGGAGAAUGAAUGAAAAAUUGCUCUGGGCCCAGCUGUUUUCAUAAGGCCAGAUGGGGUUUAGGCAGAUCACCUGUGUAGACCUGGGGACAGAGUAAGGUGGGAAAGGCAUGCAAUUUAAAAAAAAUUCAGAAAAGAUGGAAUCCACUGCAAAUAUACAACCCCCUCUCCUCUUCUUUCAGAAGGGAGUUAAGAGGUGAUUCAGUUUGGGGGAGAGGCUUGAAGACUAGAAAAAAAGAGAAUGACAAAUGUUUGCCUGUAACCCAAUGCAACACAUCCCCCUGGUGCACACAAGCUGUCUGACCAAUGGGGCCUUUGUAGUUGCUAAGAUAAGGUUUCCAAUGAGCCGGGGACCCAGUGAUGUGAGUCUGGUGCAAGCAGGUGCAGGGAGAUUUACCUAUAGCUGGUCUGGCUAGUCAUCCACUGGAGAAGCAAGACUAGUUCCAGGCCAUGACAGGCACUAGGAGGGACCAGCCAGGGUCGAAUGAAAGACAGUGAGCCUCCCACACCUGCAUUGCACGUCAGUCCCUGACAUCUCGCUCUGGGGCCAGUGACAGCAGCCGGGCACCCGACUUGCAAUAUGAACAAUGAAACCCUGUGCUGAUCUGCACAGAGCAGUUUGCAGAUGAGGAGGGUGACUGGCAGAGCAGUAGAGCCAGAGUGACCCAAACACACUCUAACCCAGCGAUGUAGUAUCCCCUGGGCUUCGUGGACCCUUGCACCUGGGAGGUGAGCUGCACAUGCAAGAUUUGCCCAGCUGGAGGACACACCAGCCAUGGCCUGCCUUUUGCGGAAGGGCCUGUCCCUGGGCACUGUGAAAUUCGCUCUGGGGAAGUUCCUGGAAACAACUGGUGGGGAUAGGGCGUUCUUUAAGUGGCAUUUCUUUUGGUAGGCCAGGAAAGCGGCCAAGGGUUGUGACUCAGAGGGAUGGGGUGAAGUGGGAAGAACACAGCACGGAGGCAGACAUACCUGGCUAUGCACACCUGUUUCUUAGCAAGAUCACCUGGGAAACCUGUUAAAGCUGUGGAUUCCUGGGCCCUGCCCUGGUUUCUAAAGCCGACUCUCAGGGCUUGCAGCUCUCCAGAGUUCCUGUUCUCUAAACAAGCAUUUGGGGUGACUGUGUGACACGGGGGCUUCCCCAACAGGUAAGGUAGGACUUGCGAACACCAGGGUGUCAGCAUUGGGCUGUGAACAGCCAGCUGGUUAGAUGUAGUGUGAUUUAAGAAAGGAAAGAAGAAAACUGUAGAGAACAAAUCAAGGCUCAAUAACUUGUAGCUGUUAUUCUGGGACCAUUAGAUUGGUCUUAUCUAAGAUCCUGCUCUCUCUUUGGAAAGAUAGCUGUUUGCCUUGCUAAGCGGUAUUCACUGUGCCAAGACUCCUGGAGAAUAUUCAGCCAAAUUCACAGGGAUCCCAAAGUUGCAAGUUGCUGUCACUGAGUAUUGAAAAAAAAAUCAGUUCUUUUUUUUUUUAAGGUGGAUGUUAAGGACCCCGGGGUAAGGUCCCCUUCAGGUCGGGGGCGGGCGGCGGUGAGAUCGCUGAAGAUGUUAACAGGUUGUCUGCUCCAGCCAAAGUCGGGGUUUGGGGCUGGGCACACCCGAGAAGGGCCAUUUGUUCUGGCCCGGGAGAGGCGCUUCCAGCCGGAGGGCUCCGAGCGCGGCCGCCUCCUGGGUGGCACAUCUUGCUUUCAUUUGGCAGCUUGCGGCUUGGAAAAGGGGGAGGGGGCUGGCGUUCUGCCCUGCAGCUCCGGAGCGAAGGUAGCUGCAAACCCCGCAGGCUCUACCCUGCUGGUGCUGACACCGACGGAGGGUGGGGCUGCCGGAGGAGAGGAUGCGCACGUGAGCCUCUGAGACAGAGAGGUGGGCGUGCAGCAGCUCAGCUGAGGAAGUGGAGAGGCUGGCGGCCAUGCGUUCUGACUCCCUGGUCCCGGGCACCCACACCCCGCCCAUCCGGAGGAGAAGUAAGUUUGCCAACCUGGGAAGGAUUUUCAAGCCUUGGAAAUGGAGGAAGAAGAAAAGCGAAAAAUUCAAACACACGUCAGCAGCCCUGGAAAGGAAGAUAUCAAUGAGGCAAAGCAGAGAGGAGCUGAUAAAGCGAGGAGUCCUGAAGGAAAUCUAUGAUAAAGAUGGGGAGCUCUCCAUAUCAAAUGAAGACGACUCCCUGGAAAACGGACAGUCCCUGAGCUCCAGCCAGCUGUCUCUGCCCGCCCUGUCCGAGAUGGAGCCAGUCCCCAUGCCCAGGGAUCCCUGCUCAUACGAGGUGCUCCAAGCUUCAGACAUCAUGGAUGGGCCAGUGUCUGAAGAGAGUCCCUCUGCCAGUGACUCUGGAGUCCUCCUGUCCCAAGAUCCUUCAGCCAAACCAGUCCUGCUACUGCCCCCCAAAAAACCCGCUGCUUUUUCUGGAGACCAUGAGGAGACCCCAGUGAAGCAGCUGCCCCUUCUCAAGCAACCCCCGGCCCUGCCUCCCAAACCCACUGCCAGGAUGGCCAGCCAUUUAACAGAUCCUGGCGCCCCUGUGAAAUUGCCUUGUCUGCCAGUGAAACUGUCGCCUCCGCUACCUCCAAAGAAAGUCAUGAUCUGUAUGCCCGUGGCGGGGCCGGAGCUCUCCCUGGCGUCCUACACAGCCCAGAAGAGCGGCCAGCAGGGCGUGGCCCAGCACCACCACACGGUCCUGCCCUCGCAGAUCCAGCACCAGCUGCAGUACGGCAGCCACGGCCAGCACCUGCCCUCCUCCACUGGCUCCCUCCCCAUGCACUCCUCUGGCUUCAGGAUGAUAGAGGAACUGAACAAAACGCUGGCCAUGACCAUGCAGAGGCUGGAAAGCUCUGAGCAGCGCGUCCCCUGUUCCACUACUUACCACAGCUCUGGUUUGCACUCUGGUGACGGUGUCACAAAAGCAGGACCCUUGGGCCUUCCAGAAAUAAGACAAGUGCCAACUGUUGUGAUUGAAUGUGAUGACAAUAAAGAAAAUGUGCCUCACGAGUCAGACUAUGAAGACUCUUCUUGCCUAUACACGAGAGAAGAGGAGGAAGAGGAGGAGGAGGAGGAGGAUGACAGCUCAUUGUAUACCAGCUCCCUGGCCAUGAAGGUGUGCAGGAAGGACUCCUUAGCCAUCAAACUCAGCAACAGGCCCUCCAAGCGAGAGCUGGAAGAAAAGAACAUCCUCCCCCGGCAGACGGAUGAGGAGAGGCUGGAGCUGAGGCAGCAGAUCGGCACCAAGCUCACCAGGCGGCUGAGCCAGAGGCCGACUGCGGAGGAGUUGGAACAGAGGAACAUUCUGAAACCUCGGAAUGAACAAGAGGAACAAGAAGAGAAAAGAGAGAUCAAGAGAAGGCUGACUCGGAAGCUCAGUCAGAGGCCCACGGUGGAAGAACUGCGGGAACGGAAGAUCCUCAUCCGUUUCAGUGACUACGUGGAGGUGGCCGAUGCUCAGGACUAUGACCGCCGGGCAGACAAGCCGUGGACCCGCCUCACCGCUGCCGACAAAGCUGCCAUCCGGAAGGAGCUCAAUGAAUUCAAAAGCACCGAGAUGGAGGUUCAUGAGCUGAGCAGACACUUAACAAGGUUCCACCGACCUUAACAGUCGAAUUCCUCUUGAGUGCUAUGCUGUCUUCAAAACAUAAAUUUAUAAGAACCAUAAGUGCUGGUAUUUAUUCACUCCCCAUUAUGAUGUAAAUCUUCUGAACUGCCUUUUUUUAAAAAAAAAAAAGAAGAAGAAGAAAAAUAAAAGGAAACACAAUCAGGAUUCUAUGUGUGGAAAAAGCAAUGGGGACCACUCCACGGUCAGAGCUGCUGGCGCCACGUCUGAUUCUGAAACGUGUCACACCCCCGGCGGGGCCCCCAACCGAAGACUUCUCAGCAGGUGGCACAGUCCUCGUCCCCUCCGUCUGUCCCAGCAGGCUCCAACUUCACUUCCUCUCCUGUGAACCUCAAGAUUGUCUCCUGAGGCCAAAGAACGCAGAGACCCGAGGAGGACGUGGGGCAGAAAGGUCAUGACCCGGCUGACCUUCCCGACUCCGCCCAAUGCAUCAUCUUGUAGGGGGUUCUUUGGGGGAGUGACGGGAGGGAGGGAGUGCCUCUUGGUGGUCCCUGUCCCUUUUUCUUCUUGCAACCAUUGCCCGCACAGGGGACGAAAGGGCAGCGCCCUCGGGGAGGGGUCUGUGGUUUCCUAGGAGGGUGCGUGCUCUCAGCGUGCAAGGCUGGCACUAUGAGCCCAGCCUGCCCCUCCAGUCUGAGCCGAGCCAUACUGCUGGAGACUGGGUCAGGAGAGCGAAGGGUCCAGGUCCCCUGCUCUGUUGCUUCAAAUUGGCUUCUCUGAGUUCGGGAAGCCCAGCGUCAGGGGUGGACGGGCACACACAGCCGUCACCAAGCUCAAUCUCUGUGAUUGUCCCCAUGAGCACGCAGGACCGUGCGUGGCUGAUGAGCCUCGUCCCCGUGCUCUGCAGGGCCAGCCCUGGUAUGGCUCGGAAGCUGGCGCCUUCUAAGUGUAGGACCAGUGCAUCCAGGCCAGAAACCAUUGUUCUAAGUCCGGCUCUGCAGCCGUGAGGGGCUGGAACCCUACAGCCAGCCGCUGGCCUUCCAUUCUCCUUUCUUGGCACUCAGGAGCAUCUAGGGAGAAGCCCUAGAGUUCAGCAUGUGCCAAAGUCAGGCACACACCAGCCAUGCCUGCCUGAGGCAGACCUGCCUGCCUCCGCUGAUCCAGAGAGAAUCCAUCUCCCGCCUCUCUCUCUCUCUCUCUCUCUCUCUCUCUCUCUUUUUCUGUCUCUCAUCUGCCUCAGUGCACAUGAGGGUGAUUAGAGAUGUAGCUCUACCCGCCCCUCACCCUAGGGGCCCCAGGAAGGCCGCGCUGGGUUGGCAGGGACAUGGGAGGCACAGUGGCUGGGGGCAGGAUGCUCCCAGUCCCUGCGAGAUACCCUGCAGCCCCUGGGCCGGCUUCUUUGUCUCCUAGCAGAGCUCUGCCCAGCCUCCGGAGGGGUUCCAGAGUUGCCAUGACCUUUCUAGGUGCUGGCUUGCUGUUCUGCCCCUCCCAUAUACCCUCACACACCCAGGAUUUUAAAAGACGCCAUCUUGGCCUUCCCACAGCAGGCGGCACGUGGGGGCAGGGUUCUCUUAGGGUGCACACUCAUCAGUGAGGCCGUGGAGUUUUUCUGCAGGCUUGGAUGGCUCCCGUGGCCAGCACUGAGCCUGGAACCCGACAGACCUUGUGGGGAGCUCAGGGCAGCCCUCAGGCAGCGCCCCCACCUCCGCGCUCUCCGUGCCGCCUGGAGCGAGCUAAGAUGGGUUCUUGCCUUUGAAUGUUGACUCCGGAUAGUUCCUGCCUAUGGGGAGAAAAGGGGAUGUUGUUCAGGGAAAACGUGGUCAGGAUUUUAGCGGGGCUGUGAACGCAG